AGAUGAAGUGACGAAGGUAACCCAGAAAAUUAAAAGAAAAACACUUGAGAAAGCAGAAACUCAGGAGAAGGAGAUGAAAAUGAAGAUGGUGAAGUGAAGCACACAAAAGAGUGAUAUACUAAUAUAACGUGUUUCGAAUCCCUAAACCCAAAUUAAGCGUUACACCUCCUCAUUCCGGAACCGAUUAGGGUUUAGGUUUUUGAAAGUUCAUUAUUUCACAUUUCUUGUCCAUUUCCGCCGGCGGCAAGCGCAAUUCAGCCGCUCAUCUUCCCCACCUCGCUCUACAAUGCGCACCAAGGACAGGAUUUCCUAUUUCUAUGACGGGGAUGUGGGGAACGUUUAUUUCGGGCCUAAUCAUCCAAUGAAGCCGCACCGUUUGUGCAUGACGCACCAUUUGGUUCUGGCAUAUGAGCUUCACAAUAAGAUGGAAAUCUAUAGGCCUCACAAGGCUUAUCCUGUGGAGCUAGCUCAGUUCCAUUCUCCGGAUUAUGUUGAGUUUCUGCAGAGAAUCACUCCCGACAAGCAGCAACUCUUCGCUAAUGAGAUGGCCAAAUAUAAUCUUGGUGAAGAUUGUCCAGUCUUUGAGAAUCUGUUUGAGUUCUGUCAAAUUUAUGCUGGCGGUACAUUAGAUGCUGCACGGAGAUUAAAUAAUCGGCUGUGUGACAUUGCCAUAAAUUGGGCUGGUGGAUUGCAUCAUGCAAAGAAGUGCGAGGCGUCUGGGUUCUGUUACAUUAAUGACCUUGUGUUGGGAAUUCUGGAGCUCUUGAAGUACCAUGCUCGUGUGUUAUAUAUUGAUAUUGAUGUCCACCAUGGUGAUGGGGUGGAAGAAGCCUUUUAUUUUACUGAUAGGGUGAUGACAGUUAGUUUCCACAAGUACGGUGACUUGUUCUUUCCUGGAACAGGUGAUGUCAAGGAUGUUGGAGAAAAAGAAGGCAAAAAUUAUGCUAUAAAUGUGCCUCUUAGGGAUGGAAUAGAUGAUGGGAGCUUCUUACGUCUCUUUAAAACGAUCAUUUUGAAAGUUGUUGAGUGCUAUGCUCCUGGAGCCAUUGUUCUCCAAUGUGGAGCAGAUUCACUUGCCGGGGACAGAUUGGGAUGCUUCAACCUUUCUAUUGAUGGUCAUGCAGCUUGUGUGAAGUUUGUCAAGCAACUUAAUCUGCCUUUGCUGGUAACUGGAGGUGGGGGAUACACCAAAGAGAAUGUGGCCAGAUGUUGGACUGUGGAGACAGGGGCACUUCUAGGUGUGGAGCUCCCUAGUGAGAUACCAGAAAACGAGUACUUCAAAUAUUUUGCUCCGGAUUACUCGUUGAAAUGUCCAAGCGGGCACAUGGAGAAUUUGAACAGCAAAUCAUACCUUAACAACAUCCGGCAACAAGUUUGCGAAAAUCUUAGUGCCAUUCAACAUGCACCUGGAGUACAAAUGCAAGAGGUGCCUCCGGAUUUUUAUAUUCCUGAUCUUGAUGAGGAUGAGCAGAAUCCUGAUGAACGUGUAAAUCGACAAAUGCAAGACAAGCAUGUUCAGCGUGAUGACGAAUAUUAUGAAGGUGAUAAUGACAACGAUCAGAACAACGAUGGUACGUAGCCUGUUUUAGGAGUUUUGUUUUGAUGUAGUUCCAAGUCUAUGCUCGAAAUGUGAAUAUGUAGCAACUGCGAAAUAGCUACCCUUUUGUCUAUUAUUGGAACAGUGUGUCGCGAUUUUUCUGGAUCAUGUGUAAAUUUUCAUAACGUUGCAUUACCAACGUUAUUGUAAACUAUAUAUUGGGGAAUGAAAUGAUCAACACUUCAAUGCAA